UUAUUUUAUUUUUAUACAGUGUCAGAUGUGGACAAGAACUUGAUCGUCUAUCACUAUCACCCAGGAGCACGUGAGAGCUGUGGGGGAACCAGACUACUCCGCCGUGCUGACAUUAACGUUGGCAGUCAUGUCAAUGCGUUUGUCCGAGUGCGUUGCAAGCUGAAUGACCCAGCAUCCAGCAAGUCAAUCACUGGGCCAGCUGAGAGGAGACAUGUCGUUUACUAUGCUACUCUAGAUGGCAGCCUUGGUAUGCUCUUACCAAUGACUGAGAAGACCUACAGACGCCUGCUCAUGUUACAGAAUGCCAUCACGACAAGUGUCAUGCAUAUUGGUGGACUUAAUCCUAAGGCAUACAGGCACAUUGUGUCCCACCAGCGUGAGCUGAGUAAUCCCCACCGUAACAUUCUGGACGGUGACCUGCUGUACAAGUACACCUACCUGAGUGUGGUGGAGAAGAAUGAGCUUGCUAAGAAGAUAGGCACAUCAGUGGACCAGAUCAUGGAUGACUUAAUGGACGUAGAGAGAUUAACGACUCACUUCUGAGAAAUGGAAGGCUCCACAAAUACUGUGUACACAUCCAUACGACACCACAGAGAUGCAGCGUUUGCAACAAAUCUUGUACAGGAACAGUUUGUCUACUAGAAAUCUACUCUCAGCUGGGAUUCAACAGUGCCAAUAGGGCUCGUUCAAUGACGGCCAUCUCUCUGUAGGAGAACUGCAACUGCGUAUUUAACGCAAUCAAGCACGCAUUGCACAGUGUUGAAAAUGUUCCAAACACGCGCGCUUGUUGCUCAAAAUGUGUUCGAAAUACGACACAGCCGAUGCGCGUUAUGCAAGUUGACACUCAAAAUGCCGAUGCACGUGGUUGGUCUGUAGGAAAUGACGUCAUUUGAACGAGACCUAGAUACUGAACUCCAUCUAUUCCAAGUUCAAUAAAUUGCAAUGGUUGUCCAAACUCUUUACUCCAAUGCUAGUCUGGUACACUCAUCCUGUUUUCAGUUCUACACUUCCAUGAUUGAUUUCAUUCCAUCAAGCAACAAUAACAAGGAGUUGAAAAGUGAUAAAGUGAUCUUCAUCACAUUAUUAAUAUCCAUUUGGUUUUGAAACUUCACGAACGUCAUUGCCUUAUUCAACCCUUGUAUAUUCUGUAUAACUGCAACAUCCAUAAGCUGAGAAUACUGAUGGAGAAUGUAUCUAUAUGUAUAUGCUCAGUGUCAUUUGAACAGUAAGACAACAUUUGGCAUUUUGUCAGAUUAUGCACAGUUAUUCAUUCAUUCGUUUGGUUCAUAUGAAGGUUGCAAACGGAGGACGAAGAUUUUUCAAGUUAUUGUAAUAAUUUUAUUUCACUUUUGAACUGUUUAUGGUUUGUACAUAACACCGUUUGUGUAGAUUUAGUUAAUCACACUAACUACAGAAUUAGAACUGGAUCCUUUUAUAGGGUAUUUUAACUGCAGAAAGUUAAGUCAACUCCUCAUUCCAAUGCAUAGCUGUUUUUACUUUCAGAAAAAUAUUGAAAUUAUUUUGGCAAAACAGUCGUGAUGAAUGUUUAUGUUCACUUUCCUUACAAUGGAUUACUUGAAAUAUGAAAGUGUAGAUCUGGCACCCGUCUUACUUCAAAGUAAAGGUGGUAAAUAAAUGGUCUUUUAUUUAGAUCAAGUUUUGGUA